UGCUACCUUUAUUCCCUCUGAAUAGUUUACAAAACCUCACUAAUCAUUUCGAACUUAAACAUCUUGUUAUGCUUUGUUAGAGCUACUUGAAUAGCGUAAAAUCGUGAUUUUGAACCGGAUUUGGUACAGGCGAUCGAAGCGAAACAUGUCGGAAGAAGAUGUUUUGAACAUUCAGCUAUUUUUUACUGGCUUCCAGCCUAUAUUCUUGUAUGUUUGAGGUGCGGUAGCAUUCUGCUUUGUUAGUUGAACGCAAUGGCAAUAAUCACACUUAAAACGUAAAGAAAAACUCGUUGCGUUGCUAACCAAGUUUAUAAUUUAGAAGAUCGCGAUCGUGAUUGUUCGUCACGUCGAAACAAGUGAUCUUAUGCAAUUGAAGAGGCGUUUUGGCGCUAUGCUUUUGUUACUAUGCCCGGUGCUAUGCCCUGGUAAUUUACCGUAGGUGUCCGACGAGUCCCAGUCGAAGGAUUUUAAACAUACAUUAAUAUUUUGGCCUUCUUGAAAGGGGUUGUUUGUUUAAUAAGUAGAUGCAUCACAUGCCACCGACGAUCUUUUUAUAAACUAUUCCACAGACAGCUACAACUCCACAAAUGCACUAGGUGGAUCGAUGAAAUCGUUUUCAGUUUUCGAGCGAGCCGUGUGCUUGACGGGCAGAUGACGAUCGCAGUGCUGAGAGAAACAAAAGUGGAAAGAGAAGCAUUGGGAACAACAGUACGAUGAAACAAAAACCGGUACGCGGGUUGAGGGCUCUGAUCCGCAUUGAUAUAGCAAUUUGUAGCCGGUUUUACGAGAGCAAACCUUUUCGCUUUUGAGAAAUGGUUGGUGGUUUUUCAGGUAGGCUUUCUCGUAUGCAAACACGGUGGUACCAUCAAUUGUCGAUUGUUCGCGUAGCUGUACGGACGCAACAGCAAAUCGUGCUUUCAUUAGUAGAACAAUCCAGUACGAGUGAGUUACAACUAUUGUGUAGUGUACUUUCAAGGGUUGACCAAAACAACCAGUGCAAUGAUACUGGCUACUUCAAAUCUCGUGCUCUCUGUGAUCACUGUUGGAGCGUUGUUGAUUCUGCCCGAUGUCUUUGGUGUGAAGCUGAAGGAAAAAUUUAAGUGGCGUGAAGUUUCGUUCGCUUGGCCCUCAGAAGAUGCUAAGGUGGCUGCCUUGAAUUCCGGCAAAUACAUCGUUCACAACAAUCUACCUCUGGGUUUAGAACGAUGGCGUGACAAACUGUUUAUUACUGUCCCAAGGUGGAAGACGGGUGUAGCCGCUUCGCUGACAUAUGUUAACAUUUCCGACGGGAUAAGCCCUGAUUUGCGCCCUUAUCCAGGGUGGACUGAAAAUGAACUCCCAACAGAGCGUAAUGAUGGUCCAGAUCCAGCAUCCAAUUUUUUGAAAAAUAACGCCACAAUUAUAUCAACAUUCCGUGUCCGCGCCGAUGAGUGCGACCGUCUUUGGGUCAUGGAUACCGGACUUGCAGACAUUCUUGGUGAUGCUGUUCAAUAUGCUCCUCCGUCAAUUGUGCUUUUUGACUUGUACACAGAUAAACUCAUUCGACGACAUUUCUUCAACAGCACACUGCUCAAAGAGGACUCAUUCUUUGCCAAUGUUAUUGUCGAUACCGAGCGUGGAGAUUGCGAUAAUGCGCAUGCCUAUAUUCCUGACUUGGGAAGCUACGCAGUAAUCGUGUACUCUUUGGCAGAAGAUCGAUCGUGGCGAGUAAAGCACAACUUCUUCCAUUUUGAUCCUCUCGCGGGCGAUUACAACAUCGGUGGUGUUAAUUUUCAAUGGACUGAUGGUGUUUUCGGUAUGGCUGUCGGAAAACGCUUGCAGGACGGAACGAGGCCCAUCUAUUUCCACGCAUUUUCAAGUACCAAGGAAUUUAUGGUAUCAAACAUGGUACUGCAUAAUGAAUCAUAUGCGCAGAGCCCACAAGCAUACUACGACUAUAAACUGUUGGGUGAUCGUGGACCAAACUCGCAAUCAUCCGCAGAGUUUUAUGAUUCGGAAACGGGUGUAAUUUUUUACACGCAAGUCAACAAAGAUGGUGUGGGAUGCUGGAAUACGAUAAUGCCACUGAAUGCAGAUACUCAAGGGUUAGUGGAUUCCGACAGUGACGCGUUAGUAUUUCCGAACGAUUUAAAAGUAGACAACGAAGGGACAUUGUGGGUACUCUCUGAUCGCUUGCCUAUGUUUAUUUUUACCAGUUUAGACGCAGAACAGUACAAUUAUCGUAUUUUAGUAGGAGAAACGCGAGAAAUUAUUAAGGGUACACCGUGCGAUAAGUAAGACUAUUUCCUCUGGGUAUUUUCGUCACGAAAAGAACCAUUAACCAUUCAAACUUUCCUUUGACUAAUGCAUUCGUUGAUUUCAAAAUAAAUAUUUGUGAACAAAGA